AUGGCCUCGCAGAAACCGGCAUCAGCCACACGUCAGGUGUACACGGUGUACACGGACGGCGCAUGCAGCUUCAACCACGACCCAUCGCGUGCGAAGGCUGGGUACGGCGUGUUUUUUGGGGAUGACGACCCGCGCAACACGGCCGCGCCAUUGGUGGGGCCUGUCCAGACAAACAAUCGCGCAGAGCUGAGUGCCAUCAAGCAGGCUCUGGAGACCAUACUCGAGGAGUUUGAGUUUGGCAACGGCGAGCAGUACCAGAUUCUCACGGACUCAGAGUACUGCGUGAAAUGUAUUUUGGUGUGGUCAAAGACGUGGCAGAAGAAUGGCUGGAAAAACUCGAAAAAACAACCCGUGGCUAACCGCGACCUGAUCGAGGCGAUCCUUGGCCUGAUAGACCGGAUUAAUGAGGAAUACUCUCGACAUGGUUUUGGCAGACUGACCGUGGACUGGGUGCGUGGGCACGCCAAUAAUCACGGCAACGAGAUGGCGGACGCCUUGGCCCGUGAGGGGGCCAGCAUGGAAUGGAAGUAGCGUCGGGUACAACUAUAGUUGUGAAAUGCGGCUGAUUCGCACGGAACGACAGGAUAAUCUUGGGGACACCUUCAUUACUGGUUUCCAAGACGCGACGACUCCGUUGACGAAUUGAUUUCUUCACUGGCCAGACACUUCCACUGCCACGACAAGCCAAAAAUUGCUGCUGGACGCCGGUCCAUAUUCCGGGCGUAAAUUAGCUUCACGAUUGAUCGUCUGGGAACCUUCUGAGCAUGUUCUGAUGCGUACGACUCCUGUUGCACAGCAUUGGAAAGCUCACCUUUGAAGAUCGGCGAAUAAAGAUAAAUUAGAACCCUCGUGUGAAGUACGCCUAAAAAUCAACGGCCGCUUGCUCGCGGGUAACCAGGUCAAUGAUCUGUACUACAUGCUCUAUAUCUGGUUGAUAUAAUUAAAUAGACAGUUAGGCCAUAUCGGGCACCUGGUAUAUUCC